AGCAUAUACAUAAUACAACAUAAAAAAAUAAAAAGUGACCUUCUGAAAACAGAAAAACCUGCGAGAAAAACAUAGAAUUGGAAGUGAUUUUGUUUGUAAACUAAACUUUCACUGAAUUAUAAUAAUUAACCUACCUAUUUAUUUAAUAAAGCAGAGAAAUGGUUUACCUCCAUUUUCCAUCAAAUUUAACUGAGGAAGAAUUAAUGCUCCAGGCAAAAUAUCAAAAAUUAAAGAAGAAAAAGAAAGCUCUUCAAGCCUUAAAAGCACCUAAACAAGAACCAGAAAAACCAAUUUUACCGAAGCGCCCCACUGAGGCAAGGGAUGCUCGUGAAAUAGCUCGGAAACUUAUAAAGAGUGGUGCCAUACAAGCUAUAAAAAGUCCUCCUCCUCAACCACAAAAUGCUACUUUUAAACGACCAAGAGCUGGAAGGGAAAGAAAGCUUAGUGGAUCAACAGGAGCCACAGGAGGUGUUGCAUCAUAUCAACCCUUUAGUGCCUCUCAGGAACCUCCACCGCCAGAAGAUAAAUCUGCACCACGAGUUAAAUAUUUAUAUGAUUCAUUUGUAACAGCAAGAGAAAAAGAGGAAAAAGGUGUACGCAGUGGAAACGAAGUUGUGCAUGCUAGUGGCAAAGGCACUUUCUUGCAAGUACUAGGAGCAAGGAUCACUGAAGAAAUCAUGAGAAGCCGUCUGGCAUCAUUUGAACCAUUUACUUUUACACAAGAACCAGAGGAGGAUAAGGUCUACUUGGCAUUUGAGAGUGCAGAUAUGGCAACACAUGCCCAUGCUGCUCUAGAUGGUUGUGAAGAAGGGUGGCGUGUUACAUUUGUGAGAAGACCUCCUCAAGCAGCAGGAUCUUGGACGCCAGCGGCAACACCGAGAAAUGCUCCGCCUCCCAAGGAUCCUAAGAGAACCCUUGUUGCUUAUGAUGACAUGUUUGAAUGAAAUUCAACUUUUUUCAUUA